GGUGGAGCUUUGAUGAAAAGAAGCCAUGCUAAUUUCCUUACCCAAUGUCUCGUUCUCACGAGGAGGUCUUUUGUGAACAUGUAUUGCAAUCUUGGCUACUACUGGCUGCAACUUGGUAUCUAUGUCAUAAUAGCCUUAUAUCUUGGCACAAUCUACUACAAUGUUGGCUCAAGUUAUGCUUCAAUACAGGCUAGAGGUGCAAUGCUUAUGUUUUGUGCUUCAUUCUUAACAUUCAUGGCAAUUGGUGGAUUUCCUUCAUUUGUGGAGGAUACGAAGGUAUUCGAACGAGAAAGAUUAAAUGGGCGUUAUGGUUCAGGUGCAUUUGCUAUUGGCAACACACUUUCUUCUACACCAUACUUGUUACUUAUAUCACUGAUUCCCGGAUCAAUUACUUAUUUCCUCACCGGACUUCAAAGAGGAAUUCACCUACUUUGCUUUGGUGUUUUUCGCUUGUAUGAUGUUGGUUGAGAGCCUAAUGAUGAUUGUGGCAAGUGUAGUGCCCAAUUUCCUAAUGGGUAUAAUAACUGGUGCAGGGUUACAAGGGCUACUUAUUUUAGGUGGAGGGUUCUUUAGGUUACCAACUGAUUUUCCUAACAUAUUCUAGAGAUACCCUUUAUACUACAUUGCGUACCACAAGUAUGCAUAUCAAGGAUUGUAAAAAAAUGAGUUUGAAGGACUCAAAUUUCGUAGUAGUGAAGGCAGAGCAACACACACCAUCACUGUUGAAUAUAUUCUGAGAAAGACAUUUCAAGUGAAAAUAGGUUACUCCAAGUGGAUUGACCUUGCUGUUUUGUUUGGGAUGUUGGUUCUCUAUAGGUUGGUUUACUUCAUUAUGGUGAAGAUGGUGGAGAAGGUUAAGCCUGUUAUUAGGGCAUUCAUGUCUAUAGCACCAAAAUAGAAGAAACAAGUCAUGGUGAAUCCUACAACUACACCUCAACCCUCUACAUGAAGGAAGUCUCUAGUAUAAUUUUCGUGUCAUUAGUUUUAUUAUUUGUAUAAUUUAAAUGCUCUCAAUAUAAUGAUAACACAUACCCACGUGGAGGGACUAAAAAAAGAAAAAGUUAAAUACUUGUGGGGUAAUUAUGACAGUAUCAGAGACACCCCUGAAUUUAGGAGCGUGUGGCUCCUAAAUUAAUCAUGUUGAAAAGGUCAUUGAAAUGUGAUGCCAGUUUUUCUCACAAAACAGAACUAGUGGUGGUGAAUCCACAUUCCACACCUCUACAUGAAGCAGAAUAGUUGAAUUAUAAUGUAAUUAAUUUUUUUUAUUUUUUAUUUUUUUUUAUUUUUUAUUUUUUUUUAUAUUGUUAUUGAAUUGUCAAUAUGUAUGGGUUAGAACUAGCUAAACUUUGAUAUUGCGUGAUUUUUAUUUUUAUUUUUUUUUAUUUCAAUUAAUUAUCUUAUAACUCGUGUUUAUAUGAAUUCAAUGUGUUGCUAAUUAGAAAGUAUGAACAUUUUUACGAAAGAGUCGUACUUGUGUUGGACACCGAUACUUUUUGGACACUUUUCGAAUACA